AUGUUCGUUUUCAUGCGCUGGGGACAAUGUAUGAUUGGAUGGAUUGCCAUGGGGAUGCUGCAGGAGUGGCGGUGCAACGGCAAGGGCUACGUCGCCUACCGGAACUUCCUCCUCCGCCGUAUCGAAGCCGCCUCAAGCAGCGCCCACAGCACGCCCAGCAACAGUGGGAGGUGGUUUGCUAGCCCUACUACAUUUUCUGAAGCAGACAGCUGGAGUUCUAUCAGGGACCUCAGAAGUAACAGCGGUAAGUUAAGCCGCACCAUGAGUGUCAGCUCAAAGCAGAGUGAACCUGAGCGCCAUGUCAGAUUCGCCGAACCUGCGUACUCGUUUGUUGGAAUGCAUUGCAUCUUUGACAAUUGCAAAGCAUCAGUUACCGUAUUGCAAUUUGGCCGCACGAAUUCAGAUCUGCUUGCUUAUGGUUCAUCCGAUGGCAGUUUGACGGUUUGCCAGGUUUCUGAGCCACCCUCUGUUCUUCAAAAAUUAACAGGACAUUCAAAAGAUAUCACAGAUUUUGAUUUUUCAUCUAAUAACCAGUACAUAGCUUCAUGCUCCAUGGAUAAAACUGUGAGAGUGUGGGAGAUCUCUAAAGGCACUUGUAUCAGAGUCGUAUAUGGAGUUUCUUCCCAGCUAUGCAUCUGCUUUCAUCCCGUGAACAAUAAUUUGCUGUUAGUUGGCAAUGCAAACAGGGAAAUCAAUGCAAUUAAUUUUAGUACUGGGAGAGUAAUCAGCAAACUCACCUGUGACAAUGCGGUUACAGCGUUGGAUAUCGACCACACUGGUCAGCUUAUUUUUGCUGGUGAUGCGCAGGGUUACAUAUACACUAUUAGUGUGAACUCUCACACAGGGUCUUUAUCUAGAACUCAUAAGAACAAGAGUUGUAAGAGCAAAUCUUCCAUUACAACCAUCCAGUACCGUACCUUCUCUCUCGUAGCACGUUGUCCAGUACUUCUCUCUUGUGCUCAAGAUGGAAACCUGUAUUUCUUCAGCAUUGCAACAAAUUCCCAUGGAUACUUGACUCUCAUAUGCUCUCUAAAAUUGGCUUCACCAGUGCAGAAUAUCCGUGCUUCUUUCUGUCCACUUCUUUCCCUUGAGAAAGGGGAAUUCAUAGUUACUGGCAGUGGAGAUUCGAAUGUUUACUUCUAUGAUUUGGCUCGGCCAAAGAAUUCAUGUGUAAAUAAACUGCAGGGACACGGCUCUCCAGUAAUGGGAGUAGCCUGGAAUCACGGGGAAAAUUUGCUCGCCUCAUCCGAUUCAGACGGUACAGUUAUUGUAUGGAAACGAGCAAAAACUAAUUAG